AUGUCCAACCUCCUCGCCUACUUCCUCCGCCCCAAGAAGGCCGCCGCCCUUCCCGCCGUCGUCGCCGCCCUCCCGCUCCGAGCCAAGGCCGUCGCCCCCACCAUGACCGGCUUCCAGGCCUUCGCCAACGACAACGUCUCGAUGGCCGACGAGGUCAAGAAGGUCAGCCGCGACGCGUCGUCGGCGUGGGCCGGCAAGAAGGUCGACGCUGCCACGUCAACCGGGUUCGCCGCCUUCUCGCGGCCGGGAAACUCGGCGUACAACGCCCUCAAGCGGUACCACCCGAGUGCCGGCGUCGCCCUGUUCACCCCUAAGACGAGCGGCGUCGAGGCGCCCAAGCUCGAGCUCAACAAGACCAAGAUCGAGGUGCCCACGUUCGUCCCGAGCUACCAACUCGGCCACAAGUUCGGAGUGCCCGCCUUCGAGGCCUUCAAGACCACCAAGCCGGGCUCGGGCGAGUUCGUCGUCGACACGCUCGACAAGGCCAAGCCCGCCUUCAAGACGCCGGCCGCCGUCGAGGACGCGGCUGUCGAGGUCAAGAAGGUCGACAAGGUCGACAAGGGCAAGGCGGUCGAGCGGUCGCUCUCGCCCGAGAUCGACCUCGAGAAGGUCGACAGCCGCGCCGACGCCGCCGAGCCGGCCUCGUCAACCGCGCCCGAGGACCGCCCCGUCAAGAACCUCGGCUCGGCGGCCAACGCCAAGGGGCGCAUCGCCAGCACGAGCACGUCGAACGCCGACGUCGGCUUCUCGCGCUUCGGCGGCAAGCGCCGCCGCUUCGACGAGGUCGACGCCGACGACGAGUCGGUCACGCUCGCGACCUCGUCGGCCGCCCUCAAGGCGCCCAAGCGCUCGAAGCGCAUCGAGGCCGCCAAGGCGGCCAAGGCCGUCGACAGCCCGCUGGCGAGCACCUCGGCGCGCUCGCUCGCCUCGUCCUCGUCCACGUCCUCGCUCAACAAGCACGCGCCGGUCGCGUCGACGAGCAAGAUCACCAUCGAGGACCUCAAGAAGGACAAGGAGGUCGCCAUCUCGGAGCGCCGCCGAUCUAAGCUCAAGCGCGCAUCGGACGAGCUCGAAGACGUCAAGCCGGCCAAGAAGCGCAAGGCGUCGCUCGAGGGCCUCAAGGAGAAGGCGCGCGAGGUCGUCGUCGCCGGCCCAAGCCGGUCCAAGACCCUCAAGCGCACCUCGGAGGAGCUCGAGGACCAGGCGCCCGCCAAGAAGCGCAAGACGGCGUCGUCGCCGUCGCCGGCCGACGACGAGGCGCUCGCCACCUCGGUCACCUCGCCGCGCAAGGUCAAGCGCUCGAGGAACGUGGGCGACCUGUACCGCGGCGGCUUCGCUGCCGCCGUCGUCGACCCGAUCGGCUCGAGCGGCUGGGGCCGCAGCAGCACCGUCGGCGGCGUCCACCCGGCCUUGGCCAUCUGGGGCGAGACGGCGCUCGCUGUCCAGGGCGACGACUCGCACCGCUUCGAGGAGCUCGAUUGA